GGGCCCGGGGCCAGUGCGGGUGGGGCGCUCGCCUACUCUGCAGCUCGCGCGGCUGGUCGUUGCCGGCUGGUGUUAUGCCUUUGAGCUGUGGAGGCUGCGGUCCUCAGAUUAACUCUUCAUUAAUACAUACAACAGCAAUAUAGUUAUGGCGACCUUCCAGACUUUCAGAAACAUCCACAUGAAGACUAGAGCACCUGUCAGAAAAAGCUUCAGUGAAGAUGUGUUCCAGUCUAUAAAGUCUUUAUUACAGAGUGAGAAGGAACUGUGCAGUGUAUCAGCAGAAGAUUGUUUAAAGCAGGAUGAACAUGCCAGUUUGACUGAGGUCACAUUUCUAGGUUUUAAUGAAGAAACAGAUGCUGCUCACAUACAGGAUUUAGCUGCAGUUUCUUUGGAACUUCCAGACCUUCUGAAUUCAUUGCACUUCUGUAGUCUAAAUGAAAAUGAAAUUAUUUGUAUGAAGGAUAUAAAUAAACCACCAGAUAUAAACAAUGGUCCUUUAAAUCAGAGUCAUCAUUCUGGAAUGCUUUGUGUCAUGAGAGUGUCACCGCCUACAUUACCAAGACUCAGAAUUGAUUUUAUCUUUAGUCUCCUAAGUAAAUAUGCUGCUGGUAUGAGAUACACCCUGGACACAUACUUGCAUCGGAAGUGCCAACUUGAGACCACUAAUGAAGAUGAUGACGAUACUAACCAGUCCGUGUCAUCCAUAGAGGAUGACUUUGUCACUGCAUUUGAGCACUUAGAGGAAGAAGAGACCUCAAAGUCACAUAAUGAUGGAGCAAACAUUACUGCAUUGAAGAGUCAGUGUGAUGCUGCUUCACAGACUUCUGAUCACCAGUUAGAAACCCAUGAUUUAAGGAUUCUGAUUAGUUCUGGGCGGCAGAAGUCAUUGGUUAAACCUUCAACUUCUUUAAACGUUCUGGGACAUAAAGAACAACCUGUGAAAACUUCAGUUACAACAUCAAUUUCUGAGCCUUGGAUCCAAAGAAGUGUCUAUAGGUCAUCUAACGCUUCUGCUAAAGAUAAUGACACACAGAAAACAUUUUUUUCUUAUUCUCCUGCCUAUUCAUCUGAAUCAGAAUGCUCAAGUCCAAGUCCUGUUAUUUUCUUAGAUGAAGAAGGAUAUCAAAAAAGUUUGAAAGCAAAACUUGAGUUACCUAAAAUUCCUAUGAUGAAAGAUGAUAUAGAGGAUUCAGACUCAGAAAUAAGUGAAUUUUUUGAUAGUUUUGAUCAGUUUGAUGAACUAGAACAAACUUUAGAGACUUCUUGUCCAUUUCUAGAAGAUCCUGUCGUAGGGAAACUAUUGCAAAAGAGAGGGCACAAACGUGACAAAUCUUGUUCUGUAACCACUACUAUGAAUCCUCCAAUAUUCAAGUUUGAUCGUCCAGCUCUCCCAGCUAACGUUAGAAAGCCCACACCCCGUAAACCAGAAUCCCCUUACAGUAACCUGUGCGAUACUCCAGAUUCUCCUCGCCCAGUGAAGACAUCUGGGGAAGACAGCGGCUUGUUUAGCCCCAUUCGAUCCUCUGCUUUUAGUCCUCUUGGAGGCUGUACACCUGCUGAAUGUUUUUGCCAAACAGAUAGUGGUGGAGAUAUGAUUCCUGAAAAUCAUGAUUCUAUUUAUUUCACCUAUGAAGAUUAUGCAAAUAGCAUUUCAUGUGAGGUACUGGACUCGAUUCUCCAACAAACGAAUACAACAUCAAGCAUUAAUGGUGUUAAAAAGGGAGAAAAUAAAACCAUAGCUGUUAAGAGUAGAAGCUUUGACCAAAAAAGUAAAUCUAAAAAUAAAUCCUUAAUGAUUAGAGACAGCAUUCAAAAAUUUGCAGCAGAUCUUGUGGAAAAAAGUUUUGGCAGUGCGUUUAAAGAUUUACAAAAAGGAGUCUCUUCAUUUUCCAAUGCAUUGUGCCAUUUAGCCAUCAAAUUGACAGCAUCUGUUUUUCAGAUGGCAUUUAAUGAAUUGAGAAGGCAGCGAGCAUUUUCAUUGAAACAGCAUGCCAUUAGUGGUCUGGCUAAUUUUUUGGUGAGUGAAGCUUUAUCAAAUGCUUUAAAAGACUUACAACAUGUAAAGAAGCAGAUAUUUACAAACAUAGUUGUUGGGUUUGCUGCAGAUCUUGCCGAAGAGCUUGUUUUUGAAGGCAUCAUGGAAGUGUGUCAGUUUUCAUAUCCUCCAACACCUCCAUCUCCAUCAUGUUGGUCAUUUGAUUAUGAAGAUAAAGUAGUGAAGUCAUAUGCAAAAGAUUUGUCUGAAUCUGUAAUACAGGAAGCAUUCAUUGAGCUAUCACAAGUUGAUGUGAUCUUUACAACAAAGGCAGCAGUUAGUGUUUCUACAGAUAACAUAAAAUAUGUGAGUGCAGAACAUAAUGUGCCAUCGACACAGACAUCCACAUAUCCCUCUACUUUCAAUAAUCAAGCAAUUAUGGUAACAAAACCAACACAGGAAUAUAAAAAAGAAUACACUGUGCAGGAGGCCUUAUUUUGUACUUCUGGGAUUGUUACUUCUAUACCAGUGCCCCUGGCAGGAAGUGCCCUUCUCCCAUAUCACUUUUCAUCUAAUAUAUAUCAGUCCAAGUCUCUUCUAUCAUCUAGUGAUAAUAAUUUGAAUGGUGAUUCUACUGAAGCACAUGUUUCCACAAAAAACAAUGGAGAGGAAGUAGCCUGCCUCAGAAAUAUUUGUUUGCCUUCAGAGCAUAAUCCAGGUAACCAGAAUGAUUUUAAACCAACUGAUGAUGAUACUGAAAUGCACUGUUCUUCAAAAUUAACAAGUGAUCCUGUGAUUAUUAGCAACUUUUCUUCAGCAAUGGUACAUUCAAUAGUAAGUGAAACUUUAGAGUCAGUAACAUCAUUCAAAGUUACAAAAACAGUUGAUGAACACACAGAUUGUUUAACUAAAACAGUAAAGGAAAAAAACCCUCUUUUCUGCUAUGAUCAAGAGACACUGCAACAGAGUGAAGCUGGCAAUAAGGACUUGUUUGUUGAUCGACUAUCUAAAUCUAUUAUUAAACAUUCCAUGGAGAAAAGCAAACCAAUCAUCCCAAAUGUGGAUAAAAAUUUGGUACGCAGGGAAGCCAUGCCUAUUUCUGGAGCAGAGUCACAAUUGACCUUGGGAAAUAGUCCCAAAUUUCUUGAUGCUCAAGAUCACUUAACUCACUGUUCACUUUCAGUAGGAAAAGGUUGUGUUUUGGAACAUAAAGAUUCUAUAGCUCAUGGGUUUUCUUCAGAGACACUACCACAUUGUCCAUCUAUGGCAGGUCAGAAACCUGAUUUGAAGGAAGCUGCUAAGGACAAAUCAGUGAAAACCUAUAAUUUGAAUAAUACAGCACCAGAGCCCUUAUCUUUUGGGCAAGAAGGCCCUUUUGCCCAUUCGCAUACAUUCUCAUCUGCAGUGCUUACAUGUGUAGAUGGUUUGCAUGUGGAAGAUAAACAGAAAAUCAGAGAUGGAAAUGUAAUACCUGAUACUCCUCCAUCAACUCCUCUAGUACCUUCCCAGGCUAGUUCUGAAUGGGAUAUCAAGAAGUUAACUAAAAAACUCAAGGGGGAGUUAGCAAAAGAAUUUGCACCUGCUACACCACCUUCUACACCUCACUACUCAUCUGUUGGUAGUUUGUCUGAAAAUGAACAAAAUACUAUUGAAAAAGAAGAGUUCAUGUUGAAACUCAUGCGAUCUCUUUCAGAAGAAGUUGAAAGUAGUGAAGGUGAGGAGCAUCCAGAAGUGAAUAUGAAGUCAGAGCACUCAGGGAAGAAAGUUCAGUUUGCCGAAGCAUUAGCCACACACAUCAUUUCUUUUGCAACUGACAUGGCAGCUUCCCAUUUAGAUAAUAAAAUAACUCAACAACCCAAGAUUCAGAGUCCUUGCUCAAAUGUGCAGAGACAAAGAAGUGUAUCACCUACUUUGAUAAAUUGCUCAGAUGAAUAUUUACAAACUUUAUGCAAUUUUGCAGGUGAUAUGGCUGCAGAAGUCAUUACAGAAGCUGAGAAAAUAGCAAAAAUUAGAAGUUGUAUGCUUUUUAGGCAAAAGAAGAACAGUUGCUAUAGUGAUGGUGACCAAGAUUAUAGAUUAGAAGAGAAAUCGAAUAUAGAGACUGUAGCAUACCCAAGAGAUGUUGAUCCGUUUAUUCUCUCAUUACCACCAAGCUCUUGUCUGUCGGGUCUGACGUGUAAAUAUCCUAGCUGUGAAAGUGUGACAGAUGAAUAUGCAGGACACAUUAUCCAAGUGCUAAAACAAGAAGGUGGUAAUAGUGAGUUAAUAAUGGAUCAGUAUGCCAAUAGACUUGCCUAUCGAUCUGUCAAAUCAGGAUUGCAAGAAGCAGCUAAGACAGCUAAAAUGAAGUGCAACUCAAAAAUGUUCCUCAUGCAAAGCUCACAGGUGAAAAUCAACAAUGAACUCUUGAUGUUCUUAAAUAAAGAACACCACCAAGAAGUGGAUAAAAGACAAAUUAAAAGAAGUGGAGAUUACUUUUGCAAAAAUCGAACUUGUGAAUGGACAAGGGAUACAUACAGAAAUGAGUGGCCUGAACUUUACAGUUUUUCAGCCUCUCUUGCUCACAGCAUAACCAGAGAUGUUAAAAAAGAACUCACAGUGUCUACAGUUGGCUUGCCAAAAUCCUCAACAGAUUCUUGCCUUUAUGAGAAAUCUGGAUGUGAUGAAGAUACUGAGUCUCAUAUUGAGCCAGAAUUUACUAAGUCUUUUCAGCCCUCUUCACAAAAUCACAGAUUUUACCACAGUACAGGCAGCUUAAAUGGGCGUGGUUAUGGACAGAAUGUUGUUCAAGCUAUAGAGCAGUAUGCUAAAAAAGUAGUGGAUGAUACUUUAGAACUAAGUUUAGGAUCUGCAGUUUUCCAAGUGUCUGAGACCACAAAAGCAGCCAGUAGGAUAACUUAUGCAGAAAAGUUGUCACCUCUUACAAGUCAAGCUUGCAGAUACUGUGACCAUAAAGAACUCCAUGACUGCAAUGGAAAUUCACCUCAGUACUCUUUCAGGCAUGAUUCACUUGCUCAUAGUAAGCCAGGUUCUAAUUCAAAAUUUAACAACAUUUAUCAGACUAGAAUUUUUCACCUUGAUGUCCCUCAAAUUCAAGUUGAUCUUGAUAAGAAGACUGUGCUUGCUGAGAAGAUAGUUGCCGAAGCUAUUGAAAAAGCAGAGAGGGAGCUGAGCAGUACCAGUUUGGCAGCUGAUAGUGGGAUUGGACAAGAUGGUGUUAGCUUCUCUGAAAGUCUUACCACAGAAAUAAUGACAUCAGUGAUGGGGAAUGUUGAACAUGCCAUUAGCAGUCCAAAAGAAAUAAAAGACUUUCAGUCAACUGAGUCUUCUGGUAGCCAGCAGAUGAAUCUCAGUCUUGGUGAUGACAGCACUGGUAGCUGGUCCAAUUUAAGUUUCGAAGAUGAACACCAGGAUGAAAGCAGCAGUUUUCAUCAUCUGAGUGAAAGUAAUGGUAACAGCAGUAGCUGGAGCAGUCUUGGUUUAGAAGGAGAUUUGUAUGAGGACAAUUUAUCCUUUCCAACAUCAGACAGUGAUGGACCAGAUGAUAAAGAUGAAGAACAUGGAGAUGAUGUAGAAGGUUUGGGUCAAGAUGGAAAGACUCUGCUAAUAACAAAUAUUGACUUGGAGCCAUGCACAGUAGACCCUCAACUAAGGAUCAUUCUUCAGUGGCUUAUUGCCUCUGAGGCUGAAGUUUCGGAACUUUCUUUUCAUGACUCUACAAAGAAGGAGUUUAUACAACUUUCAAAACGAUUACAAGAAAAACGCUGGAAAGUGGGAGACCUUCUUCAGGCUGUACUUAAAUACUAUGAAGUGAUGGAAAAGACUUCCAUUGAGGAGAAGUGCAAGUCACUGUUUGAUUGGCUCUUGGAAAAUGCAUAGAACAAACUCCAAACCAGUAUAUUUUUAUUAUUUGUUUUAGGAGAGAGCAAAAAAGCUAAAGAUGCAAAGGAUAAAAUUUAAAUAGUGAAUAUUAACAUUUAAAGUGAAUUGAGAAGAAAGGAAAUACAGCUUUUUAAGUUCAUUGUGUCAUCACGUGGUAUAUAUAGUUCAUGCUUUUAUAAUCUCUGUCGAAUAUUAUCUUCACUUAUUCUUCUGUACCCAUGUGCAGUAUGUUAAGACACUAAAAACAUGGAUUUGAAGGAAGGUCUAGCCACGAGGUCUUCAGGAACGUUGAUUGAUGUCAUUCUUUCUGCAUCAACUGUGCUGCUAGAAACUGUACUGAGGUGGCUGAGGCUGGGUUCCAGACUCGUGAUAUCCUAUCAGUAACUAAUUUGACAUUCAAAAAGCAUUGAGGCUAAUUUUUUUCUGGUAGUUUUAGACUCAUUUUUAAAAGUCAAUUUUAUUAGCUCUGCUAUUGGUAGCUUUUCAAAUCCCCCAAACUAUUAAUUCCUUAAAAAAUUAGUAUUUUAGGUUUCUGUUAAUACUGUUAAUGAUAGUUUCCUCAGCCUUUCAUCAAAUUACAUUAUUUGCUGAUGUUGCCAAUUGUCCUGGCAGGAAAGUGAGGGAGGGUGUGUGUCUCUGUGUGUGAAGAGCACUUUAAACUUGCUGGUGGUUUGUGCCCUCUUUUACUUUAAUGUUCUCAUGGUUAGAAAUCCACUGUUAUCAUUAAAAAAGGUGCUUUAACAGAAAAUGUCUAUAAAGAUUGUGUGGUAAGAAUUUGUAUUUCUCUUUUGACUAUUUGGAGUCCCCAACUUAUCCUGUAAAUGAAAAUAAAGUUGCAAAAUAUGUUGAAAUUUUAAAAGCCAAUGUUAAUAUGGAAAUGUAUUUAAAGAAGCCCAAUAAUGAUUUUCACUUUUGGAUUUUUGAAAACCUCUUCCCUUUAGCCCUAGCUUUUUUCUAGAAAAGAAAAAAAGGAUCCUCCCCAGAUAAAAUCUAUCUGCACUGUUUUGCAGAAACCUCUGAUAUAUUUUCCUUCUGGGCUCUACAUUUCCUGCUGCUUCAGCUUAAGAAACUACAAGUUGACUUGAAUAGAGGAUAAGAUUGUGUCUUGGUUUUGUAUGCGAGGGUAUGCAUGUGUAAAUUUUUUGGUUCUCUCAUUAGCGGAUUUUGUAAUCUACAGUAAAUUACUUUUUGUUGGGGGUUUUGAUUUUGCUCCAAAACGUUUUCUUUUUUUCUGAGCACUGACUUUUAGAAGCUGCACAGAUUACAGAAGACAUAGCACCUGCCAUGGGGAAAGGACUAGGGGCACUUCCAUUAAUUUGAAUUAUUAAUUAUGGUAGAAAAAAUGUAUUUCAUAAUGAAAGAAUUAAAUUUGCUUUUUAAGAAAAAUGCCAAGAACUAUUUAAAUAUUUUGAGGUUAUAUUCCAACCUUUAGUUUUUCUCAAUUUAAGAUAAAUAGAGCAGGCCUUAAAAAUAAAUUUUCCUAAAGUUUCUUCAAGUAUUUUUUUAAGGUGGAGAAAUGCAGGAAAUGUAUGUUUAUAACCAGGAUCAUUUCUGCUUUUAGCUUCUCAGAACUUGAGAUGCAGCAGCACUGGACUGGGUUUUUAAAUGUUAGGAACUAUGUUGUUAAUUAUAACACAAGUUAAUUGAUUAUUAAGUUUGGAUUGAAUUUUUACAAAUACAUAACUGUCAAGUUGUGUUUAGUAAUAACUUCAGUGUAUGUACAGGUUUGAUUAACAGCAAAACAGAGUUCUGAAUUUCUUUUAAACUAAAGUGAUAAUAUAUUGCUUUUGUAAAGCUUUGUGCUUGAAAUGUUUAUGUUUGUUUAUUUUAUGGUAAAAAUCAUUUUGAGGUGAGAUUUCCCUUGUUUGCUUUUUCCUUUUGCAUUUUGGUGGAGCUGCACUGCAUUCAGCUUGCCCUUACUCAGCCCCUGCAAGUGUCAGACCUGUCACGAAAGGCGUUAGCAUGCCUUUUCAUAGUCAUAGUGGGACUCCGCACUCACAUCACUUCAGUGCGCUUGCCUGGAGAAAAAUAUGAAGUAUUGGCAGGUGUGAAAAGAAGCAUGAGUUAAGCUUCCUUUCCUAGAGACAACUUCUCUGUUUAGAGCAGCAUCUCUUAAUUGAGUACAGUCUAAAUUUACUUUCUUUGAAGGCACUUUGUGAUUUUUCUAAACUGUUCUGUUUGUUGAGAACAGCUCUGUCUUAUUUUAAUAUAAAUCUACUUUACAUAUUCAUAUUAUAACAUUUUAAUAUUGCCAUUCUGAUGAUUUUGACGCUUAUGAAAUAUAUCUUAUUCAGAACUGUUACAGUUGUGAUGUGCAUAGAAUUGAAUUUUGUUUAUCAGGUUUAGAACCAUUGGAGUGUCUGUGGAAAGAAAGUGAAUGAGGCCUCUGAUAAGGAGUUUUUUAAACAUUAUUUUAGACUUAGAUGUGGCAAGACUUUCAUAGUCUUUUCUCAAGCUAAGUUUAAAGUUUUAGGUAUUAUUAAUGUUGAUUUUGAAAAUAUGUCCUGAUUUAUACAAAAAAUGAUUCUUUUAUAAAUCACAAUAAAAUUACAGUGUCUGAAUGGCUUGAUACAACGCAAUGGAAGAAAACAUUUGAGAGUGUUCAUUCAGUGAAUAUAUAUGUGGUGACAUGUUUAUACUUUGAAAAAUGUUCCACUUACCCUUUCAGAUACUCGACGUGAAUUAAUCCAACUCAUGAUACUUUCAUUUUGCUUAGAUAAGGGUUUUAUGUUGUUGGCAGCAGAACUUAAUUGCUCAUGAAGUGUGCCGAGCGUGCAGCGGAGGGCAGGUUUCCCGACGGCCACGACGACAGCACACAUUCCCUGGCUGUGGCGUUUAACAGACUCGUCAUCAGAGUCCAGACCCAGAUGGCUUCUUAGUUAAUUAUUUAACUAAUAGUAUUCUUCCACAAGUAAUAGUAUCAAUUUCCCAUCAGUACAUUGCUUUAAGUUUUAUAUUUUUCAAAGAUAACUUUCCAUCGGAUUUAAAAAAAUAAUGUAUCCAUACUCAAGAUGUAGGGAAGAUACUUUCAUUUAAAACCCUGUCUGCCUGUCACCACACAAAACAAUUAGAACUUCAGUGGAAAUUAUAAAAUUGUACUAAAGUACAUUUUUUUCUCAUUUUCAGCAAAAGACCCAAUAUGCAUUCACUUAACUGUAUUUCUGCUCUGAAGGUGCAGGUACAGUCUUAGUCACUCUUGUCACUUUAUUUUUUUACCAUCCAUGUACAUUCCUUUCCAAGGGCAUAAUUGUAGCUGUAGAAGUUCAUUGUUUUGUUUUUAUUGGAAUGUUUGAAUACUAUUUAAUAUCAGAUUUUAAUAUUGCUUGAUUUGCUACCUUUGGUUACUUGUGCAGUGUUAAAAGUAAUUCCACAUUCUUGUUUUAUAUAGCAAAGCAGUUUAAAUAAUUGUAGCUGUUUAUUUGAGUGUGCUGAAUUACUAUAUUAAGAUCUUACAUUGUAUAACAGUAACUUCUUUUCUGCUUUUCAGUAAUUUAAUAUGUUCAUUUACCAAAAUACGAACUUCAGGAGGCACUAAAAUUUUGUUUUAGCAGUGGUUCAAAAUAAACAUUUCAGAAAUUA